AUGAACAACCUCCUCAAGACUCUCACCUCAAGCCAUGUCAAGUCGUCGUUGCCUGAGUCUGAGCUCAGACUACUGCUAAGCGCUGUUAAGGAGACACGGAGAGCGUGUAAUGAUCCCGCAAAGCUUGCGGACGCGUUCUACGACUCUUUGGAGGGUCUCCUCCAAGACCUUCGCAUGGUCACAAUGGAUAAUCGUGAUGCAGAGGCGUUCUUGAAGCCUGUUGCACGGUCGGAGGUCCCGGACUACCUUGACAUAAUCUCGACUCCGAUGGAUCUCGGAACCAUGCUCAGGAAGGUCAAACAGAGGCAAUAUAAGUCGAAGAAAGAGUUCAAGGAUGACUUGGACCUCAUAUGGUCCAACUGCUUCACGUAUAAUGCGACGGAGGAUCAUCCCCUCCGCCUCUGCGCGUCACGGCUCCAGAUAAAGGCGGAUCGACUCCUCAAACACAUCACCGACUUCAAGGAGCGUACGGACCCCAUCAUCCCCGGUGAAGUUCCCACUCGCGGUGUCGCGCGCGUGAACGGGAUCACCACCAAUGGCGUCGGUCGCCACCUCUCGGGGGCGGCUUUUCGGUCACCUAGUCCAACGAAGCAACCUAUCGUAGUCCCCGGUCAGACGAAGAAGAUCCCCCGAGACUCAAGCCUCCCAGAGUCCCUUGCCUUCGUUCGCACCCAAGCCGGCAUGUCAGCAUUCCUCCAGCUGGAUCAUGACUUCGACGAGUACAUUUCGCGCGACCCCGACGUCAACCUUAUGGAACCUUCGGUUCAACGGCUGAAGGAGCGCUUGAUACAGUACGCCUCUACGAUCGAAGACGGCAAAGAAUUAUCGCUUUUUGGAGAUGGGGAGGUUGGAAUGAAACGCAAGCUGAAUGGCUUCGUGGAUGAUCGUCCCCGUAAGCGAGUUCGGACGCAGAACGUCGCGGAUAAGAACAUGAUCGAGCUCUAUUGGGACGCGAUGCGUUCGGACGAGAUGCUUACCAGUGGAGUCCCUUCUCUCACCUACGUCACCUCUGUCGCCUCGACUUCUAUGGCAACCCCUUCCAUCGUCAAAGAUACUCCACGGAAAGCUGGUCGCCGGAAGAAGAAGAAGCAAGACGUCCCUGCCCCCGACACCCUACUAUACCAUAUGAACAACAACGUCCGCACGUUGCGACGAGUUCGCACAACGCACGCCAAGUUUACCGCCCUUCAGCAGAGCUUAGAAGACGGGAACGGCCUAUCAGCGCCCCCUAUCAACGAUAUCCCAGACGACGUGGACGAUGUAAUGGAUGAGCUGCCAUGGAAGCCGGUGGGGAGGGGCAUAGAGAUGGGCGAGGAGCAUGCGAAUGAUUGUCUGCAUUGGAUGGGACGCAAGGUGCUAGAACAUGCCGGGUUCCAAGGAACCUCUAAGAUGGCACUGGAUGUGUUGUCGAGUGUGAUGGCUGAAUACAUGCACAAUGUUGGUAGGACAAUGCGGUUCUUGUGCGACAAGUACGGAAACCAGAUGACGGCCGAGGAAAUCAUCCUACAUACCCUAUUUGAAAGCGGCAUCACAGAGGUUAGCGAUCUCGAACGCUAUGUCAAGGACGAUAUUAUUCGAUAUGGCGGCCGUCUCAACGAGCUAGAGAAGAAGCUCACCAACGCAUAUAGCGAGGCUACAACCGAGGAAGCUUGGGACGACGAAGCUUUGUUCCGCAUGGAAGGAGACGAAGAGGAAGGCGGAAACGAGUUUGUGAUGGGCAACUUCGCUGAUUCGUUUGGCGACGAUUUCUUUGGACUGAAGGAGCUCGGUAUCGCCGACGAAUUCGGGCUAUCGAGUCUCACCGUCCCGAAACGGUUGCUCAAAGGCAGGAAAGCCGGACUCAAAGAAGGACCUUCUAUCGCGAAGCCGACCGAACCACCCCCGCCAUUCCCUCCUCCUCCACCUUUCGUGCUCUUGGAUUCGAACAGUGUCGACGAUCAGAUUGGAUUGCUCAGGUCGUUCUACCAGUCCCGUGUGUCGGAGAUAUCCACCUCCGUCGUCGCUGCUCCACCGGUGUCCAGUCUCCCUCCUCCCCUCGCUCCGCCCGGUAUGCCCUUCGCUCCUCUCCACCCAGGAAGCCUCGCCCCCAUUCCUGCUCUCGCACCACCUUCUUUCAUGUCCGUCAACCCCACCUCCGCCGAGGCAGCAGGUCCCUCCGAGCCUCCCGUCAAUAUUAUCAUCCCCGACGACGCCGCCUCGCCAUCGCAUGCGAAGAUUGGCCCGCUCGGCACGAUCAACAAGGCAACCCCGGCCGCGAGCACCGCCAAGAAGAAGAAAGCGAAGCCUCCCGUCGCACCCGAUGGUGCCGGAGACGGCGACGCUGGACCGACUGCUGGUGGCGGAGGUGGGGAUGUGAGACCUCCGAUGACCCCAGCACUCGCAGCCGCGCUGCCCCCGCCGAUGAUGAGUGCGUCGAGCACGGGCAACGGGAGCGCGGGCGGGGAUGGGCCCAAGAAGAGCAAAGGGACGCCGAGCAAGAAGAAGGCCAAGGUGGACCCGUUCCCGCCAGUGGUCAUGGCGAGCGCGUAG